AGAACAUGGAGACAACAAUGCAUGAGCACAUUUGACGGAAGGAGAUCCCAAAAAAAAUGGCCCAUAUUUGCCUGAAAAUGAAGCGACAGCUCAACGACAACGCUCACCUGUCACUGACAAAUACGCGAAAUCGUUUGGUUUUCGACGAGGAAUAUCAGAAUACGUGAUUUUGUCUUUUGUUCCCAAGAAGAAGGAGAAAGAAAGAAAGAGAGAGAAAAUGGCCACGAUGGUUGGUUCCGAGAAGAGUAGUAAGCGGACGGAGAUGGAGAAGUUCGGCAGCGGGGGAAUGGCGCUUCUGCCUUGGACCAAACAGAUACUCACCGUGUUGUGGGAACAGCUUCGACUGCUGGUUCAGGUCAUUUACUACACCUUCAUUUCAGUUUUCCAGAUGUUCAGGUUUGAGGUUCACGUGAGAAUCACAGACGAGACAGUUCAGCACAUCCAACACAUGACGACAGCAGCGAACCCAUCCGAAUCCUUCCUGUUCUCCUCGUUGUUUGACAGCGACAACACGGUCAUGGUUGGCGGCUCGAAUCCCCUUUCUAACUUCUGCGCUGACGUCGGCGACCCCUUCAACGGGAAAUCCACCGCUGAGGCCCUUCUGUCCAGUUUUCGCGCUGACGACCUCUGCUGUGGACUGGUGGACGACUUUGUAACGAGAACCUCCGGCAAAGACGACGGCAGCAUCUUUCUGGGACACCAAUCCGGCUGGAACGUGGGCUUCCCCGGCGACUGGAACAUCUUCGUGUCUAGCAGCAGCGACUGCUCCAGCUCGAACGACGCCUGUCACAAGAGCGGCGAGAAGGUGUCCAAACAGGAUACGUCGAAGGAGAAAGUUUUCAAGCAGGACACUUCAGAAGAGGAACGAAGCUCUCACUGGAGUAGCGAGGAAGACCAGAACCUGGUGGAGUUCGACAGCGAGGAAAGUAAGGCGCUUUGGGAGUCCCUGUCCAAAUCUAGUGACCCUUAUAACCCUUUCUUUUUCUCUGCCUGCAUUUCAACAAACACAAGCAUGGGGAAAAGUAACGGCGAAGCAAGGGACAGCACUGAUACUGACAUUAUGGCGGUGAGCAAGGCCAGCGAGGAGAUGUUGGGGCCUCUAGGCCUCAACAUCUGGGUCAGUCGCUCUGACAGCGAGAGCAGCUGGAGCAGCUGGGCCAGUUCGGAUUGUUCGAGCCCCGACAUCGACAAAGAGGAGAGUGAGAGGCUUCUGGACUUCUUCACUUGUUCUAAUGACCCCUACAACCCCAUGUGUUUCACCGCAUCCACAGUCAGUAGCAAAUCUCCUCAAAACACCACUAAACAGCAGGCCUCACUUCCUGCACCCCUCUCCAAAUCUGACACUGAUACCGAGGAGAAGGAGAGCAGCUUCCCUCCUUUCUCAUCUGAGGAUGACGACGAGGAGCAGCUGUGGCGGUCGCUCUGCCAGAAAGACGACCCGUACCACCCUCUCAACUUUCAGGCCCGUCUCCACAGCUCUGCAACAACAACCACAACAACCAAACUCCUGUCUGAAGAAGAGGGUCCAGACACCCCCAGUGUCUGCCCAACAAAGGAGAAGAAAUGUGAAAAAGAGGCAACAACACCCCAAAGAUCCAGAGCCACUAAACCCACUCUGCCAGAGAGGCGGUUGAAGCAUCACUCCCACCCAAACAAAAUAGUGGUACCCUGGAAACGACCCGUCCAAACAUCUGGGUCAGCUCCAGAGGAGAAGAAGGAGAGCAAGGACAGCACCACCCAGAAAAAGGUGCGAUUUUCUCCUCUUGUCCAAGUCCACGUCAUGCGCACCUGGCCGUUCGCUCGCCAGGCAUCACGGAAAGGACCGUGGGAGGAAAUGGUACGAGACCGCGACCGCUUCCGGAGGCGGAUCCAGGAAACGGAGCAGGACAUCGGACACUGCUUCGGCCCGGCUCACAGAGAGAAGAUCCGGGCGUACCUGGACGCACGGUGCCUUGAAAAAUAAAUCGAAGCCCUGAACACUGAAUGUUUGAUUUCCUUUUUGGAUGAGGACUCGUGAUUGGUUGCAAUGCAACAGUGAUUUAUUUUGAUUUUAGGCCAAUUAGUAAUUUGAUGUUAGGCCAACUUUAAUGUUCGGUGUCAAGUUGAACAACCUUGUACCUCAGAAGGUUUUAUACAUUUGUGAGACUGUUGCACUGACUGACACUUUCUUAUAUUAACCUCAACAUUAAUGUGUGGAAUGUUGUUUUUGUAUGCCUUAUAUAAUGACCUAGUAAUGUAAACUUAUUUAUGCCCUAUGGAGCUUGUCCUUUAUUUUUUACCGGUGGUUUUAAAUGUGUUUUUAUGUGUCUGAGCAAAUCGCAGUUGUGCAUCUAGAAGUUAACAGUAGAUCAUGAUGAUAUCAUCAGAAAGCAGAGCUUUAAGGUACAAAGUGUUUAUAAAGUUUUAUUUAAGCAUGACUGAUACAUGCUAAGUCCUGGUGCAGUUCUUGUCUUACUGUUCAAUUAUUUUGAUUAUUUUUGGCUUGUAUUUUCUUAUAUUAUUGCACAUAAUUGAAGCCUUUUAAGCACUGAUGGAUGUCUUUAUUAUUGUUAUUAUAUUUGACUGGAAUGAUUCAAACACUUUGUCCUAUGUGACUCACUCCGCUUCUCAUGGUAACAUCAUGUAGCUCGAAAUAUGUCAGAAAAUUGUAGCACAUUUGUCAUUUGGUGCUGUGUUGGAUAAAUAAAAUUUGUU